UUUGUCAGAGUGUCAGUCACGCGUUCCCUCCAAAAACCGGCGCACGCGUUGAUCACGUCGAUUUUCCUAUUUUUUUUUUUUAAUUCCGCCAUCGACAAGACUAUACGUCGUGUUAUUGUAUAUUUUAUAACCGUUUUAACGUUUUCGUCGUCGUGAAAAAGGACUUACGGGGUUGACUUAAUGCCGUAAACGGUCCAGUGCCUGGUCGCGUUAAUCUCCACUGCAGCAGCAACAGCUCUGCUGCAGGCAUCGAUAGCGUACUGCACAAGACAGAAAAAACUAAAAAAACAAGAUGACUGAAGUGACGAGCAGGACCGUCGGUUUCAGAACAUCUGCCGACGGUGACAGGAAAGCCUUGUCCGUGAGAAGAUACGAGGCCAAACCUCCAGAAAACUUGGAACUGGUCGAUCCGGACAAUCUGAUUGCCACCACCAAAGAAGAAGAAUGGGUGACUAAGAAAAAAGUUGAAUUGACUACCAAAAAACAAAUCGAAACGAGAGUUAAAAGACAAGUUGUGUUGGAAGACGGCAAAAUCGUCGAGGACUCUGGGCCAAUCGUUACGACCAACACGACCGAAGAUACCGAAAAACAGGAACAUCAACAGACUGAACACCGUCAAUUGGGCGACGAAGGUGACGGAGAAAACACCAAAGAAGUGGUCGUGAGAAUAUCUUCAUUGGAAGGGAACCCAUCAUUGUUGAAAGAAGUUCGAGAGAAAAAAAUCAAGAGCCGAGAAGAAAAAGAAGAACUCGUAGAAACAGAGGAUGUGGUCCACCUAGGAAAUAUUAGUGAUAAGGCCUACCAAGAAGCAAUACAGAGCAAACGAGACAUCCGUGAAGCUCUUGAAGAAGCCAAUCACAAGUUGGUUCAUGUAAACAGCACUGGACCCCGGGUAGUGCAUCAGAGUACCAAAAAUAAAAAAGUGACAGACACAGAAGAUACUAGACACACAAGAGAAGUUCAAAAAGACGGUAAAAUAGUUACAGAAACAUCAAAAACCACCGAGCAUGAAGAGGUAAACGGUGUUGAUGAACCAGACAGUGUUCCAUUGCCACCUUCAGCACUACAAGAGUCGUUGCGUGAAAGUUCACAUCGAUACGCCAAGACCAAGGAUCAGGAGUUGGUCGAGUAUUUAGCGGAUGGUGAGAAAAUUGGAGAGCAAAUGCGUUACGAAGCGACCAACGAAGAAGGAGAUCGACUUGGUGACAUCAAUCAACUGCAGAUGAUGACAAAUGCAGGCGAGUUGGUAGGCUGGGAAAGCUUGUCGGAAAGAAUACGCAAGAUGCGUGAUAGACAACAGCAUCCGGUUGCCGGUAAAACUCUUGCGGACUUCGAUGAAGAAGAACGUACUAGAAAAGUGGAAACAGCUAAAUGGCUAGAACAUCAUUUUGGUAGCGAAUCGACCAGGUCGUCUACUGGAAACUUAUCAGAAGAAGAAGAAGAAGAAGAAGAUGAUCGAGGUCAUCAAAAGACUACGUCCAAUAGUUUUAUUAACGUGACUAUGAAAUCAACAGAGACGCCAGCCAAUGGAUACUUCAAAGGAGUGUCCGAAUGGAAAAAUAAUGAUUCGGCACCUAUCAAACCCCCGAUUAGAAGAAAAAGAGAACAAAAAACCGAAAUUAUUAAAAAUACUAUCAAUGAAUUAGAGUCAUCUCCAUUGUUCAAUUCAGUUCAACAAAGGGUCCAGGGAUACGAAAUGACAAAAGAUAAAUUGUCUGGACGUAAUGCGAUAAAUGGGUUUAAUCAAUCGCAUCACAACGGAUAUGUUCAGACUGUGGUUGCCGACAGACGUCACGACGCAACCGAUUCGCCGGCGCCGUCGGACCCAUACCGGUCGUGGGACCACCGCCGGCGGCGAUCGGCGGACGGCCACCGCAAUAACAAACCGACGGCCGCAGUGGCGCCAGAACCGAAACCAGACUAUUCGCCGGAACCCGAACGGCGGGCCAGCAAUGGGUCGUCGACGGCGGGCGGGCGUUCGAAAAAGGUGUACCAGAAGACGAGGUUUGCUGCGGACGCGCGGCCGGCGCCCGACCACGGCGGUAACGGCAAACAGGAGCGAAAGAAAUCGUUUGGCGAGUCGUUCCGGCGGCUGGUGGGAAAGUUCACGGGUGGGCACGGCAACAAGUCGGACUCCGAUCGGAAGAAAACCCGGAAGAAACCGGAAUCGGCCGAGCGACGGCACGCCGACAGCGGCGACGACGGCGACUACGGUUACGGCGGCGGCGACGGCGAGAACACCUACAGGAGUUACGACGGCGGCGUCAGGCCAGCCGCCGACCGUCAUCAGCGGUUGUUUGGCAGCACGCAGACCUUGGACAGACACCGAGCUGGACGGACGGCCGACAACAACCGUAGCAGGGCGCGCGACGGCUACGACGACUACGACGAAGACGAAGGCGACGACGACGGACACCAUCGCGACGACGACGACGGUCACCGGUACAGCGACCAUCACCGCGGUCAGGACGCCAGAGGACAAUCGCCGGUGAUGAACGGCGGUGGCAGGACCGGCAACGGCGUGCACAGAUACUACUUGGGCGAGGACCCAUUCGGCGGCAGCAUUUACGGCCGCGAGAGGGAAUACGACGGCGGCAAGCGCAGACCGCAUAAGAAGAACGGCGGCGGCGGCACUUACGACUCACCGCAACACCAUCACCACACUCAUUACGUCCAGAGGACUAUACCAGUGAACUCGACCAGUACUACAUUGGGUCGGUUUAGUAAGUCGACAGGACGUCUGUUAGCUGACGAUAACAACAGUAACGUAUCGGACAGAGCACAAACGCUGCCGAGAAAACUCCGAACGGAAAGCAAAAUAAAAAAACAGGUGCACGCGUCCCGGGAGAACGAUUACGGCGGCGUUACGAACCGGUCGGCAGCCAACUCCGGGAGCAUGAUCAACGUGUCGUUCGCCAACGGGCCGACGAAACCGCAGCGGACGUUCUCGAAACCGUCGUUGCUCCGGAGCCAGAGCUUCAACGUGCAGCCGGACCCGGGACACCAGACGCGACGGUCGGUGAGCACGUUGCACCGGCUGGAAGAGUCACCACCGCCGCUGAAGAGCCCGAACAUCGUGAGCAUGUUGAGCAGGAGCACCAAGGACCUGUCGGUGGGCGCGGACGACGGGUACAGAUCGCUGUCCGGUAGCUGGGCCAGCCCGGGAGAGCUGAGCAACGGCGGCGGGGGCACUGGCACUGCGUAUCGGCGGGACGAUCCAAAGAAAAAGAUCUUCAUGAAGGGCCUGCUGGACCACGCGCCCGAGCUGUACAAGACGCUCAGCCACCAGGAGGACGCUACCACCGCCAGCCGGCGGUAUUCGCCCGUCAAGAUGGACAGGCCAUCGUAUUCGAGCAGCGGCCACUCGUCGUCGCCGACUAUCAGGCACGGAGGCGGCGAAGUGACCAACCGGAGCGUGACACGCCGUGGCAGCAAGGACGAUUACACCGAGACGGUGCGGAUCACGUCCAAGUCGGACGAUCCGUACCGGCCGAGUGUCACCAACACGGUGCAGAACUUCACCAAGAAAAAGGUGCCCAGGGACGGCCGGGUGGAGACCAUUGAGUCGACCGAGACAAAGACCGUGACCAAGAGCCGGUACAACGGCGGCAGUGGCGGCGAUACCAUCAACGGGUACAACGGCAUCGGCGGCGGCGGAGUGGUGAUCGAGGUUAGGAACGGCAGGAACUGAUUAUAUAAUAAUAAUACUGUGAAACCUCUAAAUACCGGCCACCAUAUCGGUCGCUGACAUUCUGUUCGCCUUUCGGAGUUGUCCGCUAUUCAGAGGGUUCAGUUUAUUCCCAAAAAAGUCAAUAAUUUGGACGUGUCUUUGAGGAGAGGUUUCACUGUAAUGAUUAAAAUAUAAUAUGAGGUCAGUCGUUUGUUGUUAUUGUUAUCAUUGACACCUCCGAUGGUUAUUAUAAUAGUAUAAUAUUAUGACGUAUAUACCAUACACUUAUAUUACUAUUAAUAACUAAAAAUAUUAUAACAAUAAUAUUAUAAUUUAUGCAAGAAAAUAAUGUACAAUAAUAUAUAAUAUUAUUGUUUCUACUGGUAAAUACCUAAUAUAAUACUUUGUUAUUAGCUCUAUAAUACGCCUAGUACCUAGGUAUACCUAUAAAUAAUAUAAUAAUAUUGUAUAUUUAUGACAUAAUCGUAUGGAUCAAGAUCAUAGCCUGCUUAAGGUCUAUGGUCAUAAUCGAUAAUAUAAUUAAUUCUACGUAUAUUUUUUUUUGUACCUAUCUAAUUGUUUUUAACAUAAUAUUAUCAUUGUAUCAUUAUUAUACAGAGUUAAUAAUUAUUGUAAUACUAUACCUAUAGGUAUGUAUUACACUGAGGCACCGGUAACAAGAACCGAUGCCAUUAUUAAUAUAUUUUAUAUUUUAUUUUAUUAUUACUACUAAUGAAAAAAAUAUAAAACUGUCCAUACUAAUUUAUUUUUAAAAGAUAUUAUUUAAGUAUAGUUAAUUGUGUCGCACACGUGUAAGUACUAAAAAAUUGUAAAUAAUUAUUGUUUUAUUAUAAUAUCGCUCAAUAAUUUUGUGAUUUUUUUUUGUAUGUAGGUACUAUGAGUGAUUUAAAUGAAUGUAAGAGUAUAAAGGUGUUAAUAAAAAUUAACUCAACUCAUGUAUGUUUAUACUGUGUUUUACAUAAAAUAUAUAAACUAUCU